AUUUAUAACAGUUCUAAUGCUUCUGGGAUUGUUACUGAGGGUAAGCCCUUGGUUUCCUCGCCUAAAGAAUGUGCAUUGUCUAUAGAUGAUGGUCCUCUGGAUAUCGAUUCCAAAGAUUGCGAGAGUGGUGAACGUAGUGGGGUAAAUGAAGAAACGUUUGCAUCACCUACGAGAAAAAGUUCCAACGCUACUAUUACAUCGUUAUCUCGCAAAGGAUCAAAUUCAUCAAUUACGAGCACCGAUUCUAAACCACACGAAUCUGUCAUGAAAUCGACGCUGAAAGAUUUAUCGGACGAGAAGCUCGAGCUUGACAAGAUCGAAUGGGAAAAAAACAUUGAUCUUCCUUCAUAUAUUUGGGCCGAAACUAUAUGCUUGUUUGAGCGAGUCAAGCAGUUCAAAGAGAUGAAGAAUCGCCAACCGCAUCGGAAGAAAAAUCAUAUAUUGGCUUCAUUGUUAUACAUUCUGUGUAGACAGCACGGAUUACCGCGAACUUUUAUGGAAAUCUGUAGUGCAGCUGGGAUUAGGAAGCAAGAGAUUGGGGCUUAUUAUCGUUUAAUGAACAAAUUAUUGACAAAUAAUGGUUUGAGUGUCGGAGCAAACGGACCGAACAAAAUGGUGGAUUCUGCCGAGUUUUUGAAACGCUGGUGUCAACAUCUUAGACUCCAAUCACACAUUUUGGACGCGGCAAUACACGUUUACAAGCAAGCCAACGUUCAAAACAUCACGACGGGCAAAUGUCCGUUAUCUGUUGGGGCAGCAGCCAUUUGGCUCUCUGUAAACUCGUGGAAUGAGGCCAGGACACAGCACUGGAAUCGGUCGCUUGAAGAUGAUGAAUUCAUUCGGCUUGAACAAAAGGAUGUGGCACAAGUUGCUGGCGUGGUUAAUGCGACAUUAAACAGCUGCUAUAAAACGCUGUCGCAAGUCAAGGACAAUCUGUUGCCACCAGACUUUUUAGAGAAAGCUAAAACGUUACCAAAUAGAAGGCAACCGUCCGUAGAAACUAAAAAUGGUUCCGAUAAUAGACGGGGCAGUAGUUCGAGUGGAGACGAAACUGUAGAGAUAAAGGAAGAAAGUGUGGAAGUGAAAGUUGAGGUUGACAGUCUUGAAGAGAGUCUUAGGAGAAGCACAAUUAGAACUAAGAAAAGUGAAGGAGAGGAAAAGAGACUUCAUAGGAAAUUGAAAGGUUGA